UUCAGAUGACAACCUUAUUUAAAGACUUUAUUUUGUGUUGUAUUUUUUUUUUUUUGUUGUUUAAAUAUUAAAUUUAGAGUAUGGCUCAGAGACAAGUGCUGCAUGGAUUAGGUCGUGGCAUCGGCUGGUCGAUGGGCCACAAAAGGCAACCAAAUUCUACCACUGUGCGAUACUCCCAUUGGAUGCCAACGAUUGCGAAAAGUGAUUAUCGGAAAUCUGUGGACCCGAAGUACAAUAAGGGCAUGGGCUACACUUAUGAGGAACGUCAACGUUUAAGUUUGUGUGGACUUCUGCCGCCUGCCUAUCGCACAAUGAAGCAACAGUUGUAUGCGGUCUCUGAGAGUUUCGCUAACCAGACUUCCGAUCUGCAUCGCUACAUAUUCUUGCGGGCACUAAGACAACGCCAUGAACGUCUCUACUUCGAGUUUAUCUCCAAAAAAGUGAACGAGUGUAUGCCCAUCAUAUACACGCCCACGGUGGGUACAGCGUGUGUCAAGUUCAGCCUCUUGCACUAUACCGCCCUUGGGCUGUAUGUGACGCGAUACGACAAAGGCCACGUGAUCGAUGUGCUGAAGAACUGGCCUCAUACAGAAAUUCGUGCCGUCUGCAUUACGGAUGGCGAACGCAUUCUCGGCUUGGGCGAUCAGGGGGCCAAUGGCAUGGGCAUCUCAGUGGGCAAAAUGGAUUUGUACACGGCCCUUGGUCGCAUACCACCUCAAUUCCUGAUGCCCGCCGUGCUGGAUGUGGGCACCAACAAUCAGACGCAUCUCGCUGAUCCGCUGUACAUUGGCAUACGUCAGGAGCGAUUGAGGGGUCCCGAAUACGAGGAGAUUGUGCAAGAAUUCAUGGACGCUGUGGUCGAGGUCUGGGGACCGCAAACACUCAUACAUUUCGAGGACUUUGCGACACCGAAUGCGUUUAAGUUCAUCAAUAAGUAUCAGGAUUGCUACUGCUAUUUCAAUGAUGAUAUCCAAGGCACAGCUGCCACUGGGCUGGCAGCAUUCCUAGGCGUGGAGCGUAUUUCAAAGAAGCCUCUGCAAGAUCAUGUUAUAUUUAUGGUUGGCGCUGGCAGCGCAUGUCUAGGCAUUGCAAAGCUGGUCAUCAAGGAGCUGCUGAAGCGCAAUGUCACCGAGAAGGACGCCUACAAGAAUAUCUACAUUUCCGACCAGUCUGGACUGGUCACCAAAGAAACCAAAGUGAUGAUACCAGACUUGAAACCAUUCUGCAAGGAUAUGCCACCGAUGAAUAGCCUCGAGGAAAUGGUGGAGAAAUUCAAGCCAUCUAUAUUGUUGGGUGCUACAGGCUCGGCUGGCAUCUUCACAGAGAAGGUACUUCGCACGAUGGGAAAGCAUAACGAACGGCCAGCGAUAUUCGCAGUUUCGAAUCCAACAACCAAGGCUGAAUGCACCGCCGAGCAGGCCUAUAACUUCACCGAGGGUCGUGCUCUGUUUUGUUCCGGCUCCCCCUUUCCGCCCGUGGUAUUCAAUGGCAAACGCAUUGUUCCCGGUCAGGCAAAUAAUUCGUUUGCCUUUCCCGGCGUCGCCUUGGCCGUGAUGUGUACGCGACCUUUUAAAAUACCCGAUGAUGUAUUUCUGGUUGCUGCUAAAACGCUAGCCGACUAUGCGGAGAAACACUAUCCGGGCGAAGAGAAACUCUUUCCGACCACAGUCGAAGCUUGCGAUGUGGCAUUCGAUAUUGCCGUGAAUGUGGCAAAAUAUUUCUUCGACAAGGGAUUGAGCAAUGUGUUUCCGAAGCCUGAUGAUAUCUGUGAUUUCAUCAAGCAGCAGCAAUAUUAUACUAAUUACGACUCAUCGUUGCCGCCCGUCUGGGAAUAUCCAGAGCUGCCCUCAGUUCCGUUGCCGGACGAGUGGGAAAAGAAGACGAAGAAGCAACGCAGCUAGCCUUGAAAUAUUUGAUUUCGUUUUUAGAUUGUUCUUGAUGCUAAGUAAAUUGAAAGUCGUGUGUA